AUGGAAUAUUUAGCUAUAGGGGAUUCUUUUCGUACGAUUGCGUUUAAUUAUCGGUUAGGACAUUCAACUGGACGAAGUAUAGUCCUAGAAAUGCAAUCAAUAAACAAACAUAUAAAGGUGCCAUUCGUCAUCUUGGGUGAUGAAGCAUUUAAGAAAAAGUAUUUAAUGCGGCCAUACCCAGACUCACAAAUCGUUGGAGUUAUAGAGAAACGAAUAUUCAAUUAUCGAUUGAGCCGAGGAAGACGGCACAUAACCAGACAUUUAGAAUCUAUCACAGGAAUCUAAAAAUAGAACAUAAUGCUGCGAGUAAAGUUUUUAUGGCGACAUGCAUUGUGCACAAUAUCAUAAGAAAUUGUGUGAUAUUCAGUAACCCAGAAGACUUUGGGAAACAGCUAUAGAUAAUUUACCAGCAAUUGGUGGAAGUUCCAACAUUGAUUCGUUCGAUGCUACAGAUAAAUUCAAUAAUUUUUUUAAUUCGC